GUAAUGAACUAUAAACGAAGUUGAAAAGGUUGACUUGGUGUUGCAUAAAUUGACACCAACCCUCACAGCAUAGCAUUGCAUUCACAUAGGCGCGCGCACACACACACAGAGUGACAGAUGGGAGGAGAUGGUUGUCUUCCUCUUUUCGAGACAAAGACAUCAAAGGGACGUAUUGCAUAUCAGUUGUAUGCUGUUUCAGUAUUUGUGGGUAUAUGCUUCAUAUGUGCUUACAGAGUGAGUCAUCUACCCCCAACAACAACUACUACUACUACCCAAGAUGGUAGUAGAUGGGCUUGGAUCGGAUUGUUUAUCGCCGAGCUCUGGUUCAUUUUCUACUGGUUUAUCACCCAAUUCGCUAGAUGGAAUCCCAUCUAUCGCCACACCUUCAAAGACAGGCUUUCUCAAAGAUAUGAGAAGGAUUUGCCGGGGGUGGAUGUGUUCGUGUGUACUGCAGACCCAACAAUAGAGCCACCAAUACUGGUGGUGAACACUGUGUUAUCAGUCAUGGCUUAUGAUUACCCGCCGGAGAAGUUGAGUGUGUAUCUCUCCGACGACGGCGGAUCAGAGUUAACAUUCUAUGCAUUGUUAGAGGCCUCUCGUUUCGCAAAACAUUGGCUUCCAUUUUGCAAAAAGUUCAAUGUAGAACCCAGGUCUCCAGCUGUUUACUUUUCAACUGACCAAUCCUUUGUUGAUGAUGAUGAUCCUCUCAUGGCCAAACAAUGGUCCUCU